UCAGUGUGAGCGAUGCGGCUGCAUCAGGACCACUUGCCAAGCCUCUCUGGUCACAUGUCACAACUCCACCUCGUACGUCCAGAGCCGACUGAAGCGCACCAGACAGCAGACACUUGAGGAAUGGCCUCCGCCGGGAAUGAGUCCUCCCCAACCAGAAACCUGACCAAUCAGUUCGUGCAGCCGCUGUGGCGCAUCGGCCUGUGGUCGGUGGCUUACAGCACGGUGCUGGCAGUGGCCGUUUUUGGAAACUUGAUUGUGAUUUGGAUUAUCCUGGCGCACAAGCGGAUGAGAACCGGCACCAAUUAUUUCCUGCUGAACUUGGCUUUCUCCGAUGUUUCCAUGGCUGCUUUCAACACGCUCAUCAACUUCAUCUACGCGGCUCACGGAGAGUGGUACUUCGGAGAGGUGUACUGCAGGUUUCACAACUUCUUCCCGGUCACUGCGGUGUUCGCCAGCAUCUACUCCAUGACCGCCAUCGCCAUCGACAGGUACAUGGCCAUCAUCCAUCCCCUGAAGCGCCGUCUGUCGGCGAAGGCCACCACCGGAGUCAUCGUCUGUAUCUGGAGUCUGGCCGUGGUUCUGGCCUUCCCUCUCUGCUACUUCUCCACCACCCGGACCCUCCCCCGCAGGACCGUCUGCUACGUGGCCUGGCCCCGCAUGGCCGACGACCCCUUCAUGUAUCAUAUCAUAGUCACUGUUCUGGUCUACGUGCUGCCCCUAGUGGUGAUGGCCAUCACUUACACCCUCGUGGGCGUGACUCUGUGGGGAGGGGAGAUCCCGGGAGACUCAUCAGACAACUAUCACGGACAGCUCAGGGCUAAAAGGAAGGUGGUAAAGAUGAUGAUCAUUGUGGUGGUGACCUUUGCCCUCUGCUGGCUGCCCUAUCACGUCUACUUCAUUGUAACCGGUCUCAACAAGCGUCUGAGCAAGUGGAAGUACAUCCAGCAGGUUUACCUGUCAGUGCUGUGGCUGGCAAUGAGCUCCACCAUGUACAACCCCAUCAUCUACUGCUGCCUCAACAGCAGGUUCCGGGCAGGCUUCAAGCGGGUUUUCUGCUGGUGUCCCUUUGUCCAGGUUUCAAGCUACGACGAGCUGGAGCUGCGAAGCACGAGACUUCGCCCGGGUCGCCAGAGCACCAUGUGCACCCUCACUCGGGUCGACGCCGUCAUCCUCAGCAAAGACAAGAGCACUUGUUCACAUGGACGCAGGUCAAGACACAACUCUGAGCCUAAUAAUAAAGACAAUUAGUAUAUAUUUGUAUAUGCCAAUUAAAAAUACAAGUAAAUACUUUGUAAUCAUCAUAUACUUUAAGCUGCUUUUGUUAGACAUAUAUUUAAUGCCAACAGAU